CUUUUAUAUUAACUAAAGCUGAAUGAAAUGAAUUUAUUUAUUUCGCCUGCAUAACGUGACAAUUAAAUGAACAUGUUAAUUUUAAAAUUUGACAAAAUGCAGCAGCAGCUGUGGCUACUCGUACUGUUAUGCUUAACCCUACAAUGCCCCAGGCGCACACUUGCCCUGUUGGGCAUGCACAAAACUCAAGCAAACUUUGAAUUAUCGGAAAACGAUUCGCGUUACAUAUCAUAUCAAGAUUUGAUGUCAACAGCGAAACGAUUUUACGAACCCAAAUCGACGUGGUAUUCUGAAUUGCUCUUCGAUGUGUCUAGAAAUCAGGUUAUAGUUGGUGCCAGAGACACCUUGUUUCGCAUGUCUUUCGACUUGGAGCCGCUGGAGCGAGCCAGCUGGGAGGCGACGCCAGCCAAGAUAUUCAUGUGCCAGCAGAAAGGCCAGUCGGAGCGCUGGUGUCGCAACUAUGUGCGCGUGCUCCAUAGCUAUGGUGAGAACCAACUGUACGCGUGUGGGACGAACGCCUUUCAGCCAAGCUGCACAUGGCGCCAGAUGGAUAACCUAAAUGUUACCGAGACCGUUGAUGGUGUGGUCAAGUGCCCGUUUCAUCCGCAGGCGAACAGCACCAGCCUACUCCAGUCCAAUGGCAACAUCUUUGUGGGUGCCGCCACCGAUUUCUCUGGCAUGGAUAUGGCCAUCAUACGCACACCAGUUCAGCCCAAUCUGCCCGAGCCGAAGCGUUUUUUGCGCACUAAACAAUACAACAACAAUUGGUUGAAUGGCGCUCAGUUUGUGGGCAGCUUCGAGGCUGGCAGCUUUGUCUAUUUUCUGUUUCGCGAAUCUGCCGCUGAGCACAUGAGCUGUGGCAAGGCAAUCUACUCACGCAUAGCGCGUGUCUGCAAGAACGAUGCUGGCGGAGAUCAGAUGCUGCGCGAUAAUUGGACUUCGUUUUUGAAGGCGCGCUUGAACUGCUCGCUGCCCGGCGAUUAUCCUUAUUACUUUGAUGAGAUACAAGGCAUGAGCUAUGCCGAGUCGGAGAAUGUGUUGUACGCCACCUUCAGCACAACGGGCUCGAGCAUUUAUGGCUCUGCUGUCUGCGCUUACAAUCUGAGCGCCAUCAAUGCGGCCUUUGAGGGCGCCUUCAAGCAUCAGGAGCAUGCGGACGCCGCUUGGAAGACUGUGGAUACGCACAAGCGCAGUCAGUUCCAAUGUGCCAGCGGCACCAUGGCCUUCAAUCACUUGCUGGAGAGCUCGCGCUAUCAGCUAAUGGAUCAGGCCAUACAGCCCAUAGGCGCUGAGCCGCUUUAUCAUUCGCGCCUGGAACGCUUUAAGCACAUUGCGCUGGAUGUGGUGCAAACGCAGCAGGAGCAGCUGCAUAUGCUGUAUAUCUCCAGCAGUGGCAAUCACAUUAAGAAGCUCUCGGUCAAGUACAGUGCACAGAACAAGGCGCAAACCUGUCUCGUCGAGCUCUGGCAGGCGGAUGAUACGGGCACCACAGCGCUGUUGCACAUGUCCUAUCUGAAAGUGACCGAAUCGCUUUAUCUGGGCACAGAUCUGGCCUUGACGCGUGUGCCCGCCGAGCGCUGCAGCCGUCACGUCUCGCAGUCCAGCUGCUUCAAUGCCAUGGAUCCGUAUUGCGGCUGGAAUGAGCUGCUGGAACGCUGCACGCCCUACGAUCCCAAGCGGCAACAGCCUUGGCUGCAGCCCGCACAGUUCAGCUGUCCCGUGUUGACUUCACCCAUUGACGGCGCCUGGUCUGCCUGGUCGGAGUGGUCCGUUUGCCAGCAGCAUGAGCAGCCCGAUAGCAACUGCAUGUGCCGUCAGCGCAGCUGCAACAAUCCGCAGCCACAGCAUGGCGGCGCUAGCUGCGCAGGCAUCAGCACGCAAGUGGCCAACUGCACGCAACAUGGCGGCUGGACGGAGUGGUCUGCCUGGUCGCCCUGCUCUCAGAGCUGUGGCAUAGCCGUCAAGACGCGACGACGCACCUGCGGCAAUCCCAAGCCAGCACAUGGCGGACGCAUUUGUCUGGGUCCGGAGCAUGCUGAGAUGUACUGCUCGCAUCUGCCGCCUUGUCCAGUGGCCAAGCCUGCGGCUGUCGAUGGCGCCUGGGGUCCUUGGGGUGAGUGGAGCGAGUGCAGCGCGCAAUGCGGCGGCGGCUUUCGUUUUCGGCGACGCGAAUGCGAUGAUCCAAAGCCGCUCAAUGGCGGACUCGAAUGCACUGGCUGUCCCUUGGACUAUGAGGACUGCAACAUGCAAAGCUGCGUCGAGGUGCGCAAGCUCAGCGGCUGGACACCUUGGCUAACGGCCAAUGCAGGCAAUGCCAGCGAAGCGCAUGUGGAGAAACGUUAUCGUUACGCCUGUCGCGCCACCAGCGCGGAUGUCAGCUCGGUGCGCAUUAGCCUGGCCAAGGAGGAGACGCGCAACUGUCGCCAGGAUGGCAGCUGCCAACGGCACAACGAGCAUGAGCCCUCCACAGACAGCGAUGCCGAGUGGACGCCCUGCAGCGUCAGCUGUGGCGGUGGCACGCAGCAACGUCAACGCGGCCGCAGCACACAGAGUCGCGCCUGCAAUUUGCAGGCUUGUCCAACGGAGGAGCAGGACAACAGUAUUGAGAACGAGCUGGAGAGCGAGUGGAGCUGCUGGUCAGAGUGGAGCAGCUGCUCCGUAACCUGUGGCCUGGGCGUGCGUCGACGCACACGCAAGUGCCUGGGCGGCCAUGAGAGACUCUGCGCAGGACGCGCGCUGGAGGAGCAAAAAUGCGAGAUGGUGCCAUGUGAAGACUUUUUGGGCUGGAGUCCCUGGAGCGAGUGGUCCGAGUGCUCUAGCGAUGGCAUUCGCCUGCGUCAUCGUCGCUGUCUGGUGGAGCAGCCCUCAGGCGUGGAGUGUCGUGGCGCCGAGUUCGAGAAGACAGCCUGUGUGCCUGGCGAGUGUGCGGAGCUACACAGCGCAUCGAGCGCCAACUUGACUGCAAUCAUAUGCAGCUUAUUAGUAUUAACAGUGCUUUGUUGCCUGGCCACAUUCCACUUUACGCGCAAACGCUUUCUGUCCAGCGUGGAGGAGGCGCUCAAUCGAACCACCACCACCACGGCCAGCUUUGAUACAUAUCCCAAUCAGUAUUCCAGCCUGCCCACCAAGGAUUACUAUGAUCAGCGUCCCAAGCGUCAGUCCAGUUUCCGCAUGCCUGCCAAGAAUAGCAAUCUGUCUGGCGGUGCUGGCGGCGGCACGUUGAACCGCAACAACAUGCACCACAACAACACGCCCAAGGUGCUGGCCAAGACCUACAACGACUGCGAAACGGGCACGCUGAAGCGUCAAUCAGCGCUGAACAAUUGCCGCAGCAACAUCGACGAUGAAAAGUUUUAGUAGCCUAAGCGCCGCCAAUCCAUCUCCUACCCCACUAGUGCCAUUGGACGAACGAAUACAUUUUGCACUCUUCAGAGCAGAAGUUCCUUUCUUCUAACUCAUAUUGAGUUGUUUAAUCUUAAAGCAAGUGCUAGUUUUAGCAACAAGUUUAAGCGUAUCUUUAGUUUCAGUUCAGUUUGUUGAAUAUAUUUUGUUUGUUGAAAAUUAUGACCAUGCAUGCAUUUAAGUUAUAUGUUUAAUUUUAAAACAAAGGCGAGACUGAAUUUAUAAGUUUGUUUAGCAAUUUGAUAAACAAAAAUACAAAAUUAAAGCCAUGCAGUUAACUGAAAUUCUUCUAUGCAUAAGUAUGUUUAAUUCGUAAUGCUGUAAAAUGUUAGUGUUAAGCUAAUAUAUAUAGAUAUAGAAUGCCUAUGACAAUAAGAUUAACAAAGACACACAGUGUUUAUGCCAAUUGGCUUAUAAAAUA